AUGGCGCUUGAAUCACCCGUCAUUGGACCGUGUCGACUUGCCCUGACACUAACCUCCCUCUGCCGACGUCACCACCACCUCAGGAAGUCCACUAUUACAUCACAAUACUUGUCCGUAUUCUCGGGGCAAAAUACAAGAGAGGGGGUCGUUGACGAACUAACUUUUACGGAACGGGCCAUACUACUGUAUUACACGGUGGUUAUCGUAGCAGCCGCAAAACGUUUCAGCUGCUCCCGGCAACUAAAUAAAUCGGACGGGCAACAGAGUACGUGGGUACCUUGUAAACCAAACAGGAUAAAGGGUGAUUCACCAAUCGCUCAUGCUGGCCGAGGAACUGAAUAG